CAAAAGAGAAAAAGCUCAACUAAGUUUCCGCGAAUUCGGCGCGAUAGAAAACCGGAUAGACAACUGAGUUCAACUGCGUUCUCACCAUGCGCCCCUUUCUCUCGGCGCCCAUAUGCCCCUCAUGCUUAUUUAUAGCAAACAACCUGAGAGUUUCCCAAAGCGCCUAUCGACCAUGGGUGGCGUCGCAACGGUUCUUCUCCGGUCGAGGGAGAGCUGGUUCGAGGAGCAGUCCUUCAAGAAUGGUCUUAUCCGAUCGUGUCGCAGAUCAUCCAAGAAGAGAUACGGAAGGACGUGAAAGUAGAAGGCCACCUAAUAGAUCAGCCGGACCGUUUGGUGGCAUGAAUCAAACCUACGCUCGUAUACCGGAACGUACAUCCGGGAAGACUUCUCGAUAUGCUGAAGCCAGAGGCGGCAAAGACAAGAGAGACGAUAAAAACGAUGUGCGACGAACGAAAGCUAUGAAGAUGCAGAGUGCCCUAGCGACAAUUCCUUAUGGAUACAGAUCGAGGACGAAAGAGAGUGUAGCCGAGUUAGAUUCAUUCGACCAAUUCAACUUACUGCCCUCGAUUAAGGAAGCCAUGUCUAAUGACGUGCUAAAAGGCAUGGUCGAUAUCAAGCCAACUCCUAUCCAACGACUCGCCAUUCCCGCACUAUUAGGUCAGGAUACCGGUCGACGAUCCUCUCGAAUAAGAGACAACAAUAGCCAUGGGAGACAGGAGUUUCUACUAGCAGCUGAGACGGGCUCGGGCAAAACCCUAGCUUACCUGUUACCUGCGAUUGAUGCCCUUAAAAGGGCCGAAGCCGCUGAUCCUGCUAUCGCGGCUUACCGAGAAUAUUUCAACAGACAGAUGGCGGCAAUGAAGGAACCAGGAUACACAGGGCCCCGGGAGUUUGAUCCUCACCCAACUUCUGCGCGGCCGAAGGUAGUUGUACUAGUACCAACAGCUGAACUAGUCGACCAAGUAGGUCGUGUCGCGAAAUCCUUGUCACAUAUCGUCAAGUUCAGGGCCAAUCUUUUCUCUGCCAACAUCUCCGCAAAGGUUAUCAAUUUGAACAUGUACUCGCCUACGGGUAUCGAUCUAGUUGUGGCAACACCUCAUUUACUGUCAUCGAUGGCAGACUCAGAUCCCAACAUUUUAUCCAGGGUUUCCCACUUAAUAGUCGAUGAGGCCGACUCGCUAUUCGACCGCAGUUUCUCACCUGUGACGACGGCCAUAUUAGACCGUGCGCUGCCGUCGAUGAAGCAGCUCAUCCUCUGUUCUGCUACUAUUCCUAAACGACUCGAUUCUUACCUAGCUUCCGAAUUCCCAAAUAUGACUCGUCUUACUACGCCAAACCUUCACGCCAUCCCUCGACGCGUGCAGCUGGGAGUCAUUGACGUUUCUAAGGACCCUUACCGCAACAACAAAGAUCUUGCUUGUGCGGAUGCAAUCUGGUCCAUAGGGAAAGAUGCUGCUCGCCACGACAGCUACGAACCAGGAGAAGUCGACGUCAAGCGUAUCAUGGUGUUCGUCAACGAGCGCGAAAAAACCCAAGAAGUUGCCAACUUCCUCGUCUCCAAGGGUAUCGACGCCGUCGCGCUACAUCGGGACACCUCGGAACAGCGCCAGUCCGAGAUGUUGGACACUUUCACGACUACUGCUCCGUUGAAAGCCUCUCUAGCAGCAUCCGCCAUACCAGCCCCCGGAAAGGGACGAAGGGUCUUACCCAAUACCAAGGUCAUUGUGGCCACAGAUUUGGCCUCGAGGGGUAUAGAUACCCUAGCGGUUCGACAUGUAAUAUUAUACGACGUGCCUCACAGCACCAUCGAUUUCAUUCAUCGUCUGGGACGUGCCGGUCGCAUGGGUAGGAGAGGAAGAGGUGUUGUAUUGGUCGGUAAGGACGACCGGCGAGAUAUCGUGGCUGAGGUCAGGGAGAGCAUGUUCAUGGGUCAAGCGCUUAUUUAGAGCGAGUAUCUUGUAUGUCUAUCGAGUCUAUGAUAAUGUAUACCUAGCUAGCAUAAAAUGUGUAUAUAAGUGUAGUAAUUUGAAAUACCCCUGUGAAAUUCUGUUACCCGGUUUUGUAUUUAGCUUUAUGCGUUAAAUAGAGGCUCAUAACGUUAAGAAUAAACAAAUUCC